AGUCUCUCAGGCACAAACAGUUCGUAAAGAGCGCGCAAACAGAACGGAACGUCGACGACCUCAACAUACGAAUAGAAGCGCCCAAAAUUAUAUAUCCAGUGAAUUAUAUACAUAUAGUCCGCCAGCAAGUGAAUAUCAUAUAAAAAACAAUGGCCACCAUAAAAGACUCUCUAUUGGCUCCAGUUGCCGAGGUGCUGCCAAGCUCUGGCAAUAAGGUCACCAUUGUGGGCAUUGGUAUGGUCGGCAUGGCCAGCGCCUUCAGUAUUCUGGCCCAGGGCAUCACCAAAGAGGUAUGCCUCAUCGAUGUCUGCGCCGACAAGCUGCAGGGCGAGCUCAUGGAUCUGCAGCAUGGCUCCAGUUUCCUCAGGAAUCCCCAUAUCACGGCCAGUACUGACUACGCCAUCUCGGCCAAUUCGCGCCUCUGCAUUGUCACCGCCGGAGUGCGCCAGAAGGAGGGCGAGUCCCGCCUCUCGUUGGUGCAGCGCAACACUGACAUUCUCAAGCACAUCAUCCCCAAGCUGGUGGAGUACAGUCCCGAUACCAUUUUGAUGAUGGUCUCUAAUCCAGUGGAUAUUAUGACCUAUGUGGCCUGGAAGCUGUCGGGCCUGCCCAAGAACCGCGUCAUUGGCAGCGGCACCAACUUGGACUCCUCCCGCUUCCGCUUUGUCAUGUCGCAGCGUCUUGGAGUUGCACCCACUUCCUGUCACGGCUGGAUCAUUGGCGAGCACGGCGACAGUUCGGUGCCCGUCUGGUCCGGCGUCAACAUUGCCGGCGUGCGUCUGCGUGAGCUGAACCCCAAGCUGGGCACCAGCGAAGAUCCCGAGAAGUGGAACGAGCUGCACAAGCAGGUCGUCGACUCGGCCUACGAAGUCAUUAAGCUAAAGGGCUACACCUCCUGGGCUAUUGGCCUCAGCACAGCCUCCUUGGCCGCUUCCAUCUUGCGCAACACAAGCAGCGUAGCCGCCGUCUCCACAUCCGUCAUGGGUGAACAUGGAAUUGAUAAGGAUGUGUUCUUGUCCCUGCCGUGUGUGCUGAACGCCAACGGCGUCACCUCGGUGGUCAAGCAGAUUCUUACCGACACCGAAAUCGAGCAGCUGCAGAAGUCUGCCAACAUCAUGGCCGAGGUACAGGAGGGCUUGAAGUUCUAAACACUAAUUUGUUAGAGCAAAGCGAGCUAAUCUUAUUGUUAGUCCAAUUGUAAGAGCAACAGGGGUGCAUCAAUAUGCAGUGAGAGUAUUUAUCACAGAUCCCAACGUUUUUAUUAAUAGUGCAUUUCUCACAAGAUUUUUAUUUUAAAAUAUUUGUGUUCGUAAAUAAAUUGAAAGUGCUUAAGUUUUAUUUUUAAA